UCCCCUUCCACUCUGUUUCCUCCUAUUGCUGAGUGCCCAGGCACCACGGAGAGCACAUGGCUCGCUGAAUUUGAAACCACCCUCCAAUAGUAGGCCGAUCAAGGUGUCAUGGUGGUGCAGAGCAUGUGCGGCUGUGCAGUCCCUCCCAUGUCAAGUGCAGCAGAGACACGGAAACAGAAUAUUGUGCAUUUUCCGAUUGAACUCAUUCCAUCAUCCUCACUCCAUCAUGUCGCUGUUGACUCACGUGUUGGCGUGCCUGUUCGGCAUGGGCUCCUGGGUGGCCAUCAACGGGAUGUGGGUGGAGCUCCCCUUGGUCGUACCAGAGAUCCCAGAAGGCUGGUAUCUACCGUCCUACCUCACGGUGAUUAUCCAGAUGGCCAACAUAGGUCCUCUCUUCAUCACUCUGAUGCACCACUUCCGCCGAGGAGUGCUGGAUGAACGGCCGGUCAUCUACUGCAUUGUAGGGUUGGGGAUCAUUGCUACAUUCCUGCUGGCUUUCUUCUGGAGGCACACAGUGGCAUUAGGGGGCUCUUUGCACAGUGUGCCCCUGCUAGUGUUAAGCUUCUUGCUCUCUGUGGUGGACUGCACCUCCUCUGUUACCUUUCUGCCUUUCAUGAUGCGGUUGCGUCCACAGUACCUCACCACAUACUUCGUAGGUGAAGGCCUCAGUGGUCUGGUGCCUGCACUGGUGGCUCUGAUUCAAGGUGUUGGUGUAGUCCACUGUCGGAAUGCCACUUUGGCUGGUCCAAGUAACAAAACGGCUGUUAAUGCCACUAUGGUUGACAGUGGAGCGCUAGAAGCUGUCUACCAGCCAGCUAAAUUCUCAGCCCAGGUCUUCUUCAUGUUCCUCAGUGCCAUGAUGGUUGUGUGCAUGGUAGCCUUCAUCCUACUCAACCAUCACCCAGCUGUGGCUCGGGAGAGAAAGAGCGACUUGUACUUCAGUGGUGAUCUGGCCCCUGGGAAGAGAGAACAACGUCUGUCACUUCGCGCCCAAACACCUGAACAGAAGCCCAUGAUCAGCCCCCUAGAAAAUGCCAAGAGUUCUUUUGGGAAGGGAACGUAUAACAAUCUCGAGGUGUUGUUCAUCUUUAUUGUGUUAGCUUGGGUGAAUGCUCUGACCAACGCAGUGCUGCCCUCUGUCCAGUCCUACUCCUGUCUGCCUUACGGGAACAAGGCCUACCAUCUAGCUGCUGCCAUGGCAGCUGUUGCUAAUCCAGUAGCCUGCUUUAUUGCCAUGUUUAUUCCCAUAAGGUCUCUCAUCUUCAUGGGUUUCUUGACCAUGGUUGGGACUGGAUUUGGAGCCUACAUCAUGGCCAUGGCUGCUCUUAGUCCCUGCCCCCUGCUGGUUCACAGUGCCUAUGGAACUGUAGUCAUAGUGCUGACCUGGAUCCUGUUUGUCCUGACAUUGUCCUAUGUGAAGGUCAUCAUUGGGGUGAUCCUGAGGGAUGAGGGCCACAGUGCCCUCGUGUGGUGCGGAGCAAUAGUGCAGUUGGGCUCCAUGGUUGGUGCCAUAUCCAUGUUCCCAUUGGUUAGUGUUUAUGGACUUUUCAAGUCAGGUGAUGCUUGCAACACCAAGUGUCCAAUGUAGUGACUAAACACUACGGUACAAAACUGCAAUGUCAUUUGCUCUUAUUUUCGUAGCACUGAAGUCAUUAUUCCUAUUUGUUUCAGCAGAGCUGAGAGGUCAUUAUGUGUUUCUAUCCAACCGUACCACUCCCUGAUGUUGCAUUUGUCAGAAUCAGAUCGCACAUUUAUGUUUUAUAGUGUAUUUAUUGUCUAUCAAAAAAUGACACCUACAUUUGACAAUCUGUGUGUAUUUCACUUCCUUCUGAAUUCAGAGGUCAAAGCCAGUUUACCUGAACAUUAUGUGAAGGUGUAAUUGAUGUUGCUUUUCUAAGACCUUUUGGUACUUUUGGCUUUAAAAUGUGCCUUAAAUUGAGACACUAAAAGAGUUGUGUUUUUUUUUUUAUUAUUGUUGUUUUUGUGUGUGUAUAUGUAGUUGUUUAACUGUAUAAUUUCCUCUGUAUAUGUUACCUGAGUGGAGAAACUGGAGAAACAAAUAAACUACUGCUUAAGUAAGUAUAUUAUACUUCAAAUCCUUUAAAAAAUCCCUUAAUCUUACCCCGCCUUAAGGGUAGAGAUUGUACAGGGGCAGAAACUUCUGCUCUAGAAGUUUCAAUUGUAGGUAUCAUUGAGAAAGAAGUUGAAACCAUCACCAUCCCUCAGACGUACACACAAAUGAUGUUUAUACAGACAUUUAUAAUAUAAUGCAGGAUAAGAGGAAAGUAUGAUAAAAAGACAAGGGAGAAAUUAAGGAAAAAAGAUGAAAACACAUAAUUAGUCCUCUCUCCUUUAUUAUAUAAUUAUCCACACAUUAACAGCCACUCUUUUACAUAGACAUGUUUUGUGUGUUUCAUAGUAUUUGU